AUGGAGUGGACAACAGAGAAGAUCGCCGCGAGACUGCCAGUCUUCCAACAGCGAGGCCCUGAUGUGCCCGCUUGGCGCCAAUUCCUGAACUUUCUGGGUUGUUUGUUGAUCCUCCCCGUAUACUACUUCAUCACCGGCUACAGUCGUCAUCCCUUGACGCUGGACAUUUUGAUUAGCAUCUUCGUGGCUGAAUUCAACCGAUAUGCCAACGAGGGUCGGCGACGCCGGCUAUAUGGCCUCGAUGCACCGCCAAAGGCGAAGGAAGACCCCGAAAAGGCUCCCAUGUCUCCCAGUCUCCAUACAGGCCCUGACUGUUUGGCGGUGGUGGUAGGCUACCGCGAAGAUCCGGAACUCUUCCGUCGCGCCUUGGACAGCUACAAGCGCGCUGACGGUUGCCGUUUUAUCUUGGUGGGAGUGGACGGUGACGAGAAACCCGACAUGGAUAUGGUCCGCGUCUUUCAGGAAGCUUAUCCUGAAGACUCAGCCAUUGUGCAUAUCGACGAACCAUUUGGCGAGAUCGCCAUGCGCACGUACAAAAAGAUCUCGGAAUCUUGUUACGAGACUCCUGCGCGUUGCCAGGAGAUGACCAUUGCCCACUGCUGCCAGUUGGCCCGGGAGAUUCUUGCCGAACAUGAUCUUGGAUUGGGUGAAUUAGGAGGUAUUACCAGAUUGUGCUUGUACCAGCCGCAUAUGCACAAGAAAGCAAUCAUGUUCACCUCGUUUAUCUUCUCUAUCGUAAUUUCAGAUAUUCUUGGUAUCGAGUACAUGUGGUCUUCCGAUUCCGAUACCAUCGUCUAUCCAGAUUCCGUGCGCCGCACCGUUGAGACGAUCGCCGGAGAUCCAACCGCCGGCGGAGGCAGUUCUGGAUUGGUGGUGCACAAUGAAGAUGAUUCGAUGACGACGAAACUCGGCAGCGCAGUCUACUGGUGUGAGCUGUACAUGACAAGAUCAACCUCGGCGUCUUCGGGCACGAGCGACUGCCAGAGUGGUCCAAGUACCGUGUUCCGGGUGUCUGCCUUGCCUUCAAUCCUAUACCCCUGGUACACACAGACAGUUUUGGGUCGCCGAAUGAUUGUCAAUGAAGACCGCCAUCUAACAACAAACCUUCUCUUACGUGGCUGGACGGUCACAUACGUCUCGGACACAUUAACAGCAACAGAUACUCCCACCACAUUCAGCCGAUGGCUUCUCCAGCAAGUCCGUUGGGGUCGAGCAACGCACAUCGAAACCUUCCAACAACCGAGGGUCUAUCUCCUCAACCAUCCUAUCUUCUUCUGGGCCGCUAUGAAAAAAGAAGUCGGCCCCCUCCUGGUCUUCCUCUGUGUGCUCUACUACGUCAUAACCGGCCAACGCUUUGCCUACUUCUCCUCCAGCGAUGCUUUCCUCCGUGUGGCCUACACCAUCGGCUACAACUGGCUCCGUAAUCCAGACCGCGGGCCACGCAAUGCCUGGAUCUGGAUUGCCCCCGCGCUAGUCUUCUACAACAUUCCCCUCCCCAGCAUCCAUCUCUGGAGUAUGUUGACCGUGUUCGAGAGAGGAUGGGGCACAACGAUGCGGUCGAACGCCGAGAUGUCGAAGCGCGAGCAGUUCUGGAAACGCGCAUAUGACCUGGGUUUCUUCGUGGUCUGGAUGGGUAUUGUUGGGGGUACCGCUGCACGGAUCAUAUCUGGCUAUGCAGGCUGGGAUGCAGCUGGUACGGCGAAGGCCCUCUUCUUGGGCGUGCUUGUCCCGUCCGCUGUCUCGUUCUAUGGGCUGUUGGUUCGUGGAUGA